AUGGCUACCAAACAGCCCGACCAUCACCCUAUCAUUCAAAGCUUUCGGAAAUGGGUGGAUGACAACAGCGUUCCUGGCACUUUGGGUGACACAGAGAAACCCAACACACAGUUCAUGAUCGGAUCGCGCCUGGAAACCUAUCUCAAAGAUGCGUCCAAUACCCGCAAUCUUCUUCGAGCCCUGUGGGACAGCGAAGAUCCUCCACUCCAGUCCCAAGAUAUCCUCGGCAAAUGCUCGAAGGGGUUUGCGAUCCUUCUACUGAUCGGCAUGGGAAAAUACAUACAAUACUUCGUCCAAUAUGAUAGUCUCUGGGAUGGUCAUAUGCCCUUCGAUAGAGAGAGCCCUCCUGCAAAAUUUCCCACGACGGACAUGUGCCCAGACUUCUUUCAAAGAUUCGUUGAACGCCAAUGGCAGUUCUUUUCUCAUCAUUUCCACAACAGUGUCGACAUUCAUCUGGCUCCUGAGCGCAUUCUUCCCAUCAAAUCGAAAGUGCUCAUCGGAACCGGUGGAUUCGCAGAUUUGUACAAGAUUACGGUCCACACCGCCUACGAUGGUCUUACUCCUGGCCGGGACCCAGGUCGGGACGCAAAUAAAGGAUUUACAAACACGUAUGUUCUGAAGACAUACCGUACGCAGGAUGCCGAAUUGCACUACAGCAAUGAAAUCAACGCCUUCCAGCGCCUUCGACUUCAGUCCGGUUGCUUGGGCAAGGUAGUGAUCGGGUUCUUUGGAAGCUUCAGACAAGGCAAAACCUUCAAUACCCUCAUUGAGUACGCCAGUGGCGGCACGCUUGAGGACUUUCUGCAAAAGAACGAUCCACCAACUGAUGCCGAAGACAUUCACAAACUCUGGAGCGCUAUCUUCGAGCUUACCAAGGCAAUCCAAAGUAUUCACUCGCUAAGCCAAGAUGAAGGAGGGCCGCCUAUCCUACAAGGAUGGCACCAAGAUAUAAAACCGUCCAAUAUCUUAGUUACACCUAGCAAGACGAACUGUUCGUUUGAUGUGCAAUUCAAGCUGGCAGACUUGGGUCUAGCCCAUUUCCGGAGAAUCAAGAGCGGAAACCGGGAGGAAGCUGACAGGGACACCCAAGGUACCCGAAUUUAUGGUGCUCCCGAAUGCUAUAGGUUUGAUUAUUUCGACCGAAAUCAAAAACUUGAUGUCAAGCAAUCCGUUGACAUCUGGUCUCUCGGCUGCGUCUACAGCGAGAUUGCGGUGUGGGUGGUGCUUGGAAAAGGCGCUUUGGUACGCUAUCAAAGAGAUCGACGGGAAGAAACGGCAGAAAUGAAUGAUUUUACGGACCACGGUUGCUUCCACAAUGGAGAGACCGUCCUCGAAUGUGUCAAGGACAUUCACAACAAGGUCUUUUCAAGUACUCGCGAGAGCGACCAUAUCACAAAAGCGGUGAUACGGAAAUUGCUUGAUGAGAUGCUUGAUGACUUCGAAGGCCGACCUAAUGCAAGGCAGUUGAGGAAAAAGGCUCAAACAAUACUAACCAACGCAGAGCAAGCUGAAGCAGAACGAAACAACGGAGGCGUAAUUCCCAGCGAGAGGCAACGUGGGUCAAAUCCCAACAAGGGAAAGAGCCGCAGGCUACCGGCCAAAUUGCCCCCGGACGGGGGCAUACAUGACUGGGGAGGCCAGGCAUCCAAACAUGCAGAGCCGCGAGCUAUGGGGAAAUCGCAAACAUUUAACUUUCCUGAAGUGGUGCCAUCAAGCCCAGAAAGCUCACGUCGUGGGAGUCUCGAGUCCCUGGUGAGAGAUCCAGCGGUCACUACUCACGCUCCUCAGGACCCAGGGUCGGUGUCGCGUCCAACCUUACGACCAAUGUCAGCGUCAGACCCAAGCUCACUGAACAAUGAAAACAGCUCUCAGUCGUCAGCUCUUGCCUCCGAGAUGGACUCCCUGUCGCUAAAGCACACUUCCGAUGUAAACGGAGCUCGAGGUCUAGGCUCAGGACAAUCAAACACCCGGCAAAACACGACUGGCUCUUCAGAGAGACCUACCGUUCCCAACAUCUCCAGCCCAUCUGGAAAUUACCGAAGCCCUGGGGAAGCCAUUGUCCCCUUGGGCGAAGGAGCUCAACAGGGAACCCUCGUGCCCGCGCCUUCUGCCGCACGAAGCCAGGAGGGCGCGCUUUCCACCCAAGACCCGACAGCAAAUGGAGGUGUACAGGCGGAGGUGCUAAAGGUGGAAAGGCCCCAACUCCCAAAGAUCACGCUGGGCGAGCUGGAGAAUUGGGUACUUCGGAAGAAACGAGACCGAGACGUUGUUGUUCCUCUUGAGCACAAAGAUGAGAUCAUGCGUGAACUUGGGCUCCGAGAUCACGUCUUUCUAAUUGAUGAUGCGGGUAGCAUGAGGAAAUACUGGAGGGGCAAGGACAGUGUUAUUGACCUUGCCAAAGCUCUUGCCUAUAUUGUGAAAGCCUCGGACAAGGAUGGCAUGGAUCUCUACUUUACCUGCACCGAGGGCAAGCACAACGUGGCGAAUGCAACAACGAUGGAAAGUCGACUCGCCAGCAAGCUAGUCAACUCGGUGGCCAAAUCCAAUAUGGCUGACAUGCUCGGCCGAAUCACAGAAGAAUAUGAGGAGCGUCUCCGUAGAGAAAGGAGUACGCCUGGAAAGAGAAAAAGCUUCUUCGGAAAGUCGGAUACACUGAAGCCCCUCAACAUCUAUGUCUUUACCGAUGCUGUGUGGCAACCGCACUGCAAUGUUGGUGAGGUGAUCACAGCUCUGACUACCACCAUGAAGGACCUCAAGUAUCCCCGAAGGCAGGUUGGUAUCCAGUUCAUCCAAUUUGGCAACGAUCCUGCAUAUACAGAGAAGCUCAAAAAUCUUGACGACGCCGUUGGGUUCGAUAUACCUGAGGGUUAUGAUAUUGUCGACACAGAGCCGGCAGUGGGAGGAAAUUGCUGGAAGAUGCUUGUCGGCGCUAUAAACAAGUGGUAUGACAAGGGUUAG